AUGUCAUCAACAGAUCACACAUGUCGUAUUUGUCGUGGUGAGGCUACUUCAUCACAACCUCUAUAUCAUCCGUGCAAAUGUCGAGGAUCAAUAAAAUAUAUUCAUCAAGAUUGUUUGAUGGAAUGGUUGAAACAUUCAAACAAAUCCACUGAAAAAUGUGACAUUUGUAACUCCCCUUAUAAGUUUAAAAUUAUUUAUGACCCGGCAAUGCCACAGUAUAUUCCACUUGAUUUAAUUUGGAAAAAAUUUCUACAAAUCACAUCUUCAACAGUAUUCAAAUCGAUUUCAAUAUCACUAUAUAUACUAUGCAUUGUUAUUCAAGUGCCAUUAUUUUGGAAGUUCUCCGGAAGAGUGUAUACAUGGGCAAUAGAUGGGACAUUACCGUUAGUGAACCAGAAGUUUGUGGAUGCCUUGUUGUUUGGUGAAUUUGAUAUUAAUACUUAUCUAGCCGACAAACUGCAAACACCAUUGCAGCUUUCCCUAAUGAAGUUGAAAAAGUUUUUUGGUUGCACUUAUUUCAGUGGAGUCAGAUAUUUAUUUGUUGCAAUUGUGGCUAAUAUAGCUUUAUUUAUUGAACGUGAAUGGGUGGUUAGGGACGAAGGAUACUUGAAGAUGUUGCAUAAAAAAAUCGGUAAGGAACAUAGAGCAAAACUUGUGGAUAUGUUGCAAAAUGCAUUACAAGGUUUAAGAACAGAUGGAAACAAUGGCGAUGAAGCAGCAGCAGCAAAUUUACAGCGGUUGGAAACAUUGGCGACAGCUAUAAAUGAUUUGCAGAAUGAAGAUAGAGAUAUGAAUGUUGCUGCCCGUGGAGAAGCAGCUUUACGAAGAGCCAUCGAUCAAAAUCAACUUUUUGGAAAUGAGCAACAACCGAUUUUGAACCAAUUUGAAAACGGGAUUGGCCAACAUGAUGCUCUUCCAACUCAUAAUUUCGAUGCGCCAGAAAAUCUAAUGAAUGGCGUUUUUAAUGGAAGAAAUGACAUUGGAAGUGACGACGAAGAGGAUGAAGAACAACAAGAAGAAGAAGAUGAUGAUGAAGAAGCUGCAGUAGAAGAAGAUGUCGACGUGGCAGCGGCAGCAGCAGCAGGUGCAGAUGGUGGUGUCGUGGGCGAAUUCUUGGAAGCCUUUGGGGUUACUCUAACCUUAAGCACACCCAUUUAUCUCAUGUUUCUUUGUAAUUGCAUUGUUGCUGUUUACUUGUUUCUCAUUUACUUGAUCCCUCACAUGUUGGGGAACACUAUUGUUUCGAUAACUACCUUUUUGUUCAAACUCAUCAAUGUAACCUUAAUAUCAUAUAUUUCGAAACACAUUCCAUUCCCCACUUACAUUUAUGAAUUUGCCUCACUGUAUAUUACCUCAUUGGGUACAUUUAACCCAAAUAAAGGUGUUACUUUGAUUGAAAGAAUCUUUAUAUUAGGUCUCGGGUAUGGUUUAAUCUGUACAACUAUUUACAGGUUGAUGAAAUUUUUAGUAUCAGGGCCAAAACCAAUUUCGGGCACUCCAAGGAAGGCAUUUAAAGUAUUGUUCGAAAUCAGUUCAACUGCCAAAGUGUUUUUAAUAUUUGCCAUUGAAAUAUUCUUUUUCCCAGUAUAUUGUGGCUGGUUAUUAGACUUUUGUGCUGCCCCCUUGUUUGUUCCUCAGUUUAUUCAAACCGCAGAAAACGGAGGCAAAGUUGUGACAUUUUUAGUCAGUUCAUACUUUGAAAUGAUGCAGUUACCCUAUUUGAGAGUUUUGUUAUAUUGGGCAAGUGGGACACUUUACAUGUUGUUUUUUGCAUUGUAUAUUGGUAUGGUUAGAAGCACAAUAUUGCGUCCAGGUGUUUUGUUUUUCAUAAGAUGUCCAGACGAUCCAAAUACUAGAUUAAUCCACGAUGCCUUAGUGAAGCCGUUGUCAUUGCAACUCUCACGCAUUUAUUUAACAGCCAAGGUCUAUAGUGCAUUUAUAAUUUUUGGAAUUGGUGGAGUAACAUGGGGAUUACGAUAUCUUGUAACUCCAAAAGACAAGGAUUACAAUGUGUUUUUACCAAUCCAAACUCCGUCAUAUUUUACAUAUCUAUUAUUGGCAAUAAUUGUUCCAACGUUGGUUGACUCGCAAGCAACAGUCACUAAAUAUGUUCGACAAUAUUGGGAACGAGCAUUUGAGAUUUCUUCACAUAAAUUAAGAUUGUCUCAUUUUAUCGUGGGGAAACCCAUUUCAAGUGAAAGAGGAUAUGUUAUUUAUAGGAAUAUUUGGUUACAGUUGUUUGGUCUGAAUGUGCAACCAGAUUAUACUCAACCAGUAACACGCAAAGAAGCUUUGGCAAAAUUUAAACAGGAUCCUAAUGCUGUUGCAUUUUUUGUCCCUGAUGGGAACUAUGUUAGAGCUCCCGCCAACGAUACGAUUUCCAGAAAGUUUGUGAAAAAAUUGUUUGUUGCUGUAUCCAAAGAUGACAGAUUAUUGCAAGAAGUCAAAGAAGCACCUAAACGCAGUGGUUAUGAAACACCUACUUCAGAUGAAGAUGAAGAUACCACAACAACAACGACAGAUGAUGCUUACACGAUAGUUUAUAGACCACCAAAUUUCAAAUUGAGAUGUUUUGCGUUAAUUCUUAUGCUUUGGAUAUUUGCUAUAAUCAUAAUAUUACCCGUGCUUCUAUUUGCGGUUGUUCUAGGACGACCAAUAUUAAGGGCUAAUCUGAUUAUUAUUGAUCAAUUGCCACACAUCAAUAUUGAUGAAUUGACUAACAUGGAUUGGAGAUUAACAGAUUUGGCUUCAAUUGCAAUAGGAUUGGCCGUUGAAUUACAAGCUUUGAUUUAUUAUGACAAGAAUUUUGCAGCCGAUGCACCAAACAAUGCAGGCGGAAAUGAAAUCCAACAAGCAGAUCCAGUACGAGGCAUGUUAUUGCAAGGUAACUUGUUGAAUCAAGCAUUCAAUAGAUUACCUGCUCCUGUGCUAUAUACUUUGCCUAGUCUGAUGUUGUGGAUUAUGUGGAUACUUACUGUUCAUAAAUUAUGUGUCGAUCAACCAAUACGGUAUAUGACGGGGAAUUUGCACGUUGAAUUUCUAUUGAAUUUCAAAACUUUAUUGAUUCAUUUUUUGGUUUCCUUCUGGACUAUUUUACCAGCAUUAGUUUACGUAACUCGCAGAAUCCCCGUGGAAGGUCAGACUGCUUGGCAAACUUUAAAAAGAUGUGGGAUAAUUCCGUGUUUACUUAAUUUCAGUAUGGUUCACAUUCCAGCAUUCAUUGUUCUUUAUAGUCUUAAAGUAUUGGAUAAGGCAAAUAUUUCUGUUAGUUUCUACAUUUGGCCUGUUUUAUUCAUUUGUUUUGCUUUGGUUAAAUUAAUUACUGAAGGUGCAAAAUUAUAUACCAAUAUCAAUAAUCAAGUAAAGCAAGAAAAAUAUGUUAAGGGUAGAGCAAUUGAAAAUGUUGAAGAUGAUGAUUGA